CCAAUUAUAAUUUUGAUGAACGAAAAAAUGAGAUUCAUCCUUGCUGUCGUCGCUACUGUUGUCCUAGCCGCUGUUGUCUCAGCAGGAGGAUAUGGUAAAGGACAUGGAGGAUACAACGGAUAUGGAGGAAAAGGAUACGGUGGACAUGGUGGUGGAUACGGAGGAUAUGGAAAGGGAUAUGGUGGUGGAUACGGAGGACACUCUAUAGGUUAUGGUGGAGGAUAUGGUGGAAGUAUGGGAGGACAUGGUGGAAGUAUCGGAGGAUAUGAUGGAAGUAUAGGAGGAUAUGGUGGUGGAUAUGGAGGAAGUAUGGGAGGAUAUGGUGGAGGAUACGGUGGAAGUAUGGGAGGAUAUGGUGCCAGCAUCGGAGGAUAUGGUGGAAGUAUGGGAGGAUAUGGUGGUGGAUAUGGAGGAAGUAUGGGAGGAUAUUCUGGAGGAUAUGGUGGAAGUAUGGGAGGAUAUUCUGGAGGAUUAGGUGGAUCUUAUGGUGGAUUAGGUGGAUCUUAUGGUCAAUCAAGUGGCUCAUACUAUCAAUCUAAAUCAAUUUAUUACAGCAAUCAUACCAUUUACAAUAAUUUAGAACUAACUAAUCAUAAAAAAAUGAGAUUCAUCCUUGCUGUCGUCGCUACUGUUGUCCUAGCCGCUGUUGUAUCAGCAGGAGGAUAUGGUAAAGGACAUGGAGGAUACCACGGAGGAUACGGUGGACAUAAUGGUGGAUACGGAGGAUAUGGAAAAGGAUACGGUGGACAUGGUGGCGGAUACGGAGGACACACUCUAGGAUAUGGAGGAAGUAUCGGAGGACAUGGUGGAAGUAUCGGAGGAUAUGGUGGUGGAUACGGUGGAAGCAUUGGAGGAUAUUCUGGUGGAUAUGGUGGAAGCAUUGGAGGAUAUUCUGGUGGAUAUGGUGGGAGCAUUGGAGGAUAUUCUGGAGGAUACGGUGGAGGUAUGGGAGGAUAUGGUGGAAGCAUUGGAGGAUAUUCUGGUGGAUCAGGAAAUGGAUAUUUCGGUGGAAUGAGUGGAUCUUAUGGAGGAUUAGGUGGAUCCUAUGGUGGAUUAGGUGGAUCUUAUGGAGGAUUAGGUGGAUCCUAUGGUGGAUUAGGUGGAUCUUAUGGUCAAGGAAGUGGUUCAUACUACCAAUCCGGUGGAAUAUCCAAGUCAAUUUAUUAAAUGACUGUAGAAGCCAUAUAAUGGACCAAAAUGAGAUGUUAAUCUUCUCUUACAUGAGGAUUACAUGCAGUUAAAAGAACGAAGUCGAUGAAAACAAACAUAUGUAGUGUUAUAUAUUAUUAACAUUUCAAAUAUAAAUCAACUUCACUUAAAAGAAAAAUAAUGAAUUUGGAAUAAACUUUAAAAUUAACAUUUAAAAAGAGACUGCAGAAAAACGGAUAAAAUGUUUUAUAUGAAGACACUACGUUUUU